AUGAUGGAUGCCAAGUAUGUCCUCUGCAGAUGGAAAAAGCGAUUAUGGCCUGCAAAGGUCUUGGCCGGAACUGAGAAGUCAGCCAAAAAUAAGAGAAAAAAGGGAUUUUUUCUAAACGUUCAGAUACUUUCCCUAGACGAAAAAGUUAAGGUGAAAAGCACGGGAGCCCAGAUCCUGAAGAAGUCUCACAUUGAAGGCAUUGCUUCCUCGUUAGCCUUGCAGAAUGAGGUUGCUGCCACGCCCCUGGAGGAGCUGGCCUACAGGCGGUCGCUCCGCGUGGCUCUGGAUGUUUUGAAUGAGAGAACCUGUCCGCGUCAAGAAAGCUCUUCCAGGGAAGAGAGGACCACUCGGUCUCUGAGAGCGAAGCCCACGGAACCGGCCUCCUCGCUCUGCCACCCCAGCCCUUCGCCUUUGCUCCACAAAGACGCGUCGGGCAGUCCUGGGCACACGAGGAGGGAACGUGCGCCCCAGAGGCUGUCCGGCCUGCACGCUCGCAAGGAGGACCCCGGGUGCAGAGUGGACCACAGGAAGGGGCUUGGGAGAAGCGGAGGCCUGCGCGCCCCAGCUGUCUCCUUGGCCGGCAGUGGUGCUCAGGACGGACGGGGAUCCAGAAAACACCGGGCAAACCGGACGGUGAACCGGACAACGACACCGAGUAAACGGGAGAGGAACCUAGCACGGGGGCCCAGCUGGGGUCAGGAAGCGCCUCCGACUUCAGAGGGAGCUCGGGAGGAAGAGAGUGAGAUGGUGGCCGGCCCGGCAGCCCUGCGCUCCUCUCCCGGAGGUGGGGCCGAGGGUCCUCGGGGCGGCCCUGGUGCCCGUGGCCACCCUGCCCAGCACCUGUGCCCGGACAGCGGCCAGAGGCCGGGGCCCCGCGUGGCUCCGCGCAGCCCCACUCAGCUCGGCCCCGCAGAGGAGACCAGAGACGCCCGGCUCCUGGAGGGAGCCCGUCCACCUUCUGAAGAGUCAGUGGAGUUGGACGCCGUGAACUCUCUCCUGGCGGAGGACGAGGAGGACGAGGAGCCCCCGAGAAUCCUCCUGUACCGCGAACCACGUUCGUUUGAAGUAGGAAUGCUAGUCUGGCUUAAAUACCAAAAAUACCCCUUCUGGCCCGCAGUGGUCAAAAGCGUGAGGCGAAGAGAUAAGAAAGCGAGUGUGCUUUUCAUUGAAGGAAACAUGAACCCCAAAGGGAGAGGCAUCACGGUGUCUCUCCGGCGAUUGAAGCACUUUGAUUGUAAAGAAAAGCAGGCGCUUCUGGACGAGGCCAAGGAGGAUUUCGACCAGGCCAUCGGCUGGUGCGUCUCCCUCAUCACCGACUACAGGGUCCGGCUGGGCUGUGGUUCCUUCGCCGGCUCUUUCUUGGAAUACUACGCAGCUGAUAUAAGCUGCCCCGUCCGCAAGUCCAUCCAGCGGGACGUCCAGGGGACCAGGUUCCCCCCGCUGAGCGGGGUGGGCCCCGAGGAGGCCUCGGCAGGGAGCCCGCAGGGCAGGAGGCCGGCCUGCAGGAAGGUGCUCCCUGACCGCUCGCGGGCCGCCCGGGACCGGGCCAACCAGAAGCUGGUGGAGUACAUCGUGAAGGCGCGGGGCGCCGAGAGCCACCUGCGGGCCAUCCUGAAGAACAGGAAGCCGUCCAGGUGGCUGAAGACGUUCCUGAGCUCGGGUCAGUACGUGACCUGCGUAGAGACCUACCUGGAGGACGAGGAGCAGCUGGACCUGGUGGUGAAGUACCUGCAGGGGGUGUACCAGGAGGCGGGCAGCAGGCUGCUGGCACGCGGGCACGCGGACGGCAUCCGCUUCGUCCUGGACGUGCUUCUGCCCGAGGCCAUCAUCUGCGCGAUUUCCGCGGUGGACGCUGUGGACUACAAGACGGCUGAGGAGAAGUACAUACGAGGACCUUCACUCAGCUACCGGUAG